AUGCUAAAUGACAGCAUACCUUACAAUCAUGAUACCCCAAAAACCAUGGACACUAAUCAAAUCAGUAGUCCUUCAAGAGAUCAACAAAUAGCAUAUCACGAGCAGAUCCAAUAUCACAAUUAUUUGUCACUAAUGCAAGGACAGGACAAGUGGCCCUACAAAGUUGAGAAUGCAUUUACUUCCGCAUUACGACUGAUUAUGAAAAGUGGCACCUCCAAAAUUAAAGUAAGAAAUAAAAAUUAUGGAAGAAAUGAAUUGAUAUCCUUAUAUAUCAAAUAUCAAACCGGCGAAAUACGAACCAAAAAACAAAUUUCAUCACAUAUUCAAGUUUGGAAAAAGUCCAUCUUAAAUAAAAUGUCUAGUAACAUGCAUCUCACCGCCUUAGAUACCGAAAUGCUAAGCCUAAUUGAAAAUGGUGCUGGACAAAACGAACAAAAUUCUAAGCUUUUCUACUCAGUUUUUGAAGAAAUUAUUGAUGCUUUGGCGAAACGAGAAUCUAUGAACUUAUUACAUCAAGCGAAUUAUAAUAGUCAAUAUCCUCAAAAUAUCAAUGGUUUAGUUCCUAAUGUACAAGUAUAUGUCAACCCAUAUCAAUUUCAACAACAGCAACAAGUCAUCUUGACAAAUCCAAACCCAGGUAUGUUACAGCAGCAAUAUCCUUCAAACAUCCAUCCUCAAAAUUGGGGUUUCAAUGCUCAGAAUGAUUAUGGAAAUCAUUAUCAUAGUGACUUACAAACCUCAAAUAGCACUAGCAUGCCACAACAACCUCAGCAGCAAUGGAGGCGUACCAACCAAAAUGAAAACCAGCAAACGCAACACCAUUUAAUAUUUGGCCAUGUUGAAGGCAAUGAACAUCCAGUUUUGCCACCUGCUGAUCGGCUGAAGUUACCUCAAGGUUCUCCUCCAACACAUUUUCAACAUAUAACAGAACUGAAAUCAUCAGUCCUUACGCCAAGAGCUGAUCUUUUACACUCCCAAAAUCAAAAUGCAUCUCCCAUUAAUAAUAUUUUGAGACCGGAUCAUAUUAUGUCGCCAAAACCUGUAUUCCCGCAAAGCUCUAUUACUCCAAUACAGCAAUUACCACCAGCAUAUCAUAACACACAACCUCAACCACCAAACCUGAAUGGGUCCCUAUUGUAUAUGCAUAAAAAUCCACAAAUGCAGGACCAGCAUCAACCAGCUGCUUUACUACCCUAUCAGCAAUACUUCAGUAAUCAAGUAUCUGCCUCUCCUUAUCAAACCUCUCAAUCAAAGCCUAGCUUUUCUCCAGGUAUUGGCCAAUUGCAAGGACCCCAACAAAGUUUAGUUCAGCAGCAAGAACGGCUUUCUCAGUCUCAAUUGCAGCAACAACAACUGCAUUCUUUUAAUCAUAUUCCACCUAUUCAUAGAUCCCCUCAGAAUGAGUAA